AUGGAUUCUCUCCAUUUAUCAAAUGAACAGGGUUUGUUUGCUGACUCUAAAUUUCAUGAACCUGUUAAGGAAAAUUUACUGCCACAAUUGCGUGGGUUCAGUGAACUUCGUAGAGAAGACAAGUACAAACGAAAUGCUGCAAAUGAAGAUCACCAGGCGAAUGUGGGCAGGGGGAUACCUGAGAAGGAGAGCUCGAAAAGAUUAGGAUUUGGGCUUGGAAGUUAUAGGGUUGUACCAAGACCAUUUGAUGAUCGAUUUAAGCCUUCAGUCGGUGUUCACUUUCAGCAAUUACGGGAUGAAGAAUUCUGGAUAGAGGGAGGGAGUAGGAAUUGUCUACCAGUCAAUUCUUUCGAAGAUAUGGAUUUACCACGUCAGUUGCGCGAUAAUAUCAGCAAACUUCAUUACAGUGAACCAUUGCCUAUUCAAAGAGCUACUUUUUCCUUAAUUGAAGAAGGUUUUCAUGUUGUCGGAUUUUCAAGAACUGGUUCAGGAAAAACCGCGGCUUUUUUGAUUCCAAUUAUUAAAUGGAUUAUCACCUUCAAAAAAACCAAUCAUGGUGCGAGUCAUCUCUUAUUUUCAAAAUUUCCCUCGCAUCUUUGUUUUAUUUAUAUUGCUUUAUUUGUAGUGCUGAGGACGCAUCAGUCGCCUUGCUGUAUUAUUUUAUCACCCACUAGGGAACUUGCUGAACAGUUAUUUAAUUCGGCGAAAGAACUUUCAACUGGGACGUGUUGUAAAGUUUUAAUUUCGAUGGGGGAUACCCGAAGAGUAGCUGAUAUAGCUUCUUUGAAAGGAGGAUGUGAUAUAUAUAUUGGAACUGUUGGUCGCCUUUGUGACUUUGUGAGCAAUGGUGAACUAGAUUUAAGUGGAGUACGGUUUCUUGUUAUUGAUGAAGCUGAUGACCAUACUGAGAGAGCAGAGCUUUUGGAAGAAAUUAGUGAAAUAAUCCUUAAAAGAUGUCAAGAAAAUGAAGAUCUUCAAAUGUUGCUGUUUACUGCAACAAUGAGUGAUAAGUUAUUGGAUUUUGCGAAACAAUAUAUGCGACCAUCAUUUGCAAAGGUGUUAAUUGGUGAUCUAUCCUCAGUUAGCCCGGACGUAGAACAACGAAUUGUAUUGGUUACUGAGCAAAAUAAAAGGCAUAAUCUUAUUGCAAUUCUGCAGAGGGAGCUUAAAAAGAACCCACAUUCCCGAAUUAUUGUAUUUACAAGAACCAAGCGUCGAAGCACAGCACUGUCCUGUUAUUUAUCAUAUUAUAACAUAACAGCUUAUCCAGUUAACGGCAGUAUGACCACGAAUUUGCGUCACGAAGGAUUAGAAGCUUUUUUGAAAGGUGAUUGUUCAGUCGUUGUGGCAACGGACGUUUUAGCGAGAGGAGUUGACUUGAAAGAUAUAUCGAUGGCUCGUUACCAGUCUCUAGCUUAUUUCGCAAAAUGUUUUUGUAACACCAGAUUGGCUAUUCCCUGUUUAACUAUCUUGAAAAGCUCCGCAUUUUAUCUCUUCAAGUUUCGACAGCCCUUGGCAUCGCUCUUUUUGGUUCUCAAUAUCCGUUCAGCCUUGACCUACGUUAUCAAUUACGACUUGCCGCCUUACGACAGGUGGUCAUUUUAUGUUCAUAGGCUCGGACGGACUGCACGCCUCGGGAACAACGGCAAAGCAGUAACUUUUUAUGAUCGGUCUGUCGACUUGAAUAUGGCCCAUCGUCUUUGUGAGCAGCUUCCUAGUCCAAACUUCUUUAUACUUCUUACGAUCAGCACUAUUUGUACCGAGUUAUUUUGCAUUACGUGGUUAAUUAACAAUCAUCAGCACGCUCCAGCUUUUUUGGUUGAUGACGCUCUCUCUUUGUAUGGUGCUGAAGAACUGGCAGAUAGAGCUCAAGAAGAAUACAUAAGAGAGCUUAUUGGAAGAAAUAGAGAAUCUAUAUUCGAUACCGAGGACGAGUCAGAGUAA